AUGUCGCCGGGAGACGCGGGUGGCGCACCCGCCGGGGAGGGUUCGGCCCCGUCGCCGUCGUCCCGCCCGAGCGCUAACAACGACGACGCCGUGUCGUCAGUGGCGCCGGAUGGCACGAUCGACCCGAUGGUGGCGGAGGCGGAGCAGUCCGCGCUGACGCUGCUCCGGCGCGAGCUCGCCGCCAGCCGCCGAGCCACCGAGCGCGAGCGGCUGGUCGCCAAGCGCGCGUGCGAGCAGCUCGCGGCGGAGCGCGCAGCCUCGGCGGAGCGCGAGGAGGAACUCAUGACGCUGGAGGCUCGGCUCGAGGCGCUGACGGAAGGGAGGGAGAGCGCCAGGGAGGAGGCGUUCCGCCGCGAAGCCUCGCCCUCGUCGUCGCCGCCGGACGACGACGACGACGACGACGACGAUGCGAGGCGCGCGACGUCCCCGCCGGCCGCCGCCGAGCUCUUCAAAACGCCGCACGCGGCCGCCGACGAGGAGGAGGAGGAGGAGGAGGAGGAGGAUGGGGAGGUAUUUGUCGCGAGUGGCGUCCCCCCAUCGCGAGGACGAGGAACGCUCGAUCCCAGAGCCGUCGCCGCGGCCGAGGCCCUCCUCGCCCGCGCCGACGCCCUCGAGCACGAGCACGCGCGCGAGAUCGCCGCGCUGAACGCCCGCGUGCGCGCGUUGGAGCGCGCGCUCUCAUCCGCGGAGGGCGCGGCGGCGGUGGCGGAAGCUGCCGCCGCCGAGGCGCUGCGUCAACAGUCGCGGAUGGCGACGCACCAGACUGCGGCGGCGCUCAGACGACGCGAGAGAGAGGAGGCGGAGGCGGAGGCGACGAUAAGUGACUUGAAGAGGCGCCUCGAGCGGGAAAGGGAGCGCGCGGACGCGUGGAAGGCGCGCGCCAUCGCCGCGGAGUCGAAGGCGGCCAAAGCGGCGGCAGAGGCCGAACAGCUGUGCGCACAGCUGGCGGCGGCACAGCUGCGCGCGGAUUCGGCGCGGACGUCGCAGACAUCGCGGGUCACGUUCGAGGAGAAGGUGGCGUCGUCCGCGUCGUUCGCCGCCGAUGGAGGAUCCGAGCUCGCGAAAGGCCCGUUCUCGAGGAAGCUCGCCAACGGCCGUCGGGUCCGCGUCGGGAGUCCGAGCUCGACGACGCCGGGUGACGCCGGGCGAAGGAGGCUCGGCUCGCUCGGUCGGUCGACGGCGGCGCCGAGCGCUCGGCUCGCGAUCGCCCUCGCGGCCCGGGGCGGCAAAGGCGGGCGUCUCGACGUUAGCGAGUCCCGGGACGCGUUUCGGGCGUCGCUGCGGCGACAGGGCGAGGCUUUGGCGAGGCUCGCCGCGGGUCGCGUCGCGAGAAGGGCGGAGAUGGCGGCGCUCCGGGACGCCGUCGACGCGAUGGGCGUUACGUAG